AUGGCGGAUUUGGUAAAGCUUUCGAACGAAGUAAUGGUGGAGAUCAUGUCACGGGUGCCGCCGGAGUCUUUGGCUCGAUUCAAAUGCGUCUCGAAAUCCUGGUACGCUCUAAUAAACGACCCUCAAUUUUGCGGUUUUCUUCGAAACGAAAACGUUUUAGUGAAGCGUGUUGUGAAGAACAAUGAGACUGGGAAGAUGGAAACUAGAUUCUCCUUCUUGAAAUAUCCUCUCAGAGGCGAUGAAGAUUCAUCCAUUGAGUUUGAGGAUGUCCAACUUCCAUGUUUUGUUGAGGACGAAUAUCCAUAUCUCUGCAUCCAUGGCCAUUCUCAAGGCUUAGUUUGCCUCGUCUCCCAUGGCAACAACCAUAUAUUUCUCUAUAACCCCACCACCGGAGAGAUCCGCAAGCUCCCUGCCUCCAUUCUUCACAUUGAAACCGAUUAUUCCACCGAACAAGCUGUCUAUUCCAUCACCAAUGCCGUCGGAUUCGGGUAG